AUGGAGAAGCCUACCUUUCCAACAAGGUUAUACACAAGAGGAGCUGAACCGGAAGCCCAAAAGAGCAUUUCCUACAACAUCAACGACAAAAAGCUGUUUCCUGCCCUGAACUUCGAUCAUUACAUAAUGAUAGAGAGAGAUUUUGCUUACCCAAAGUGGGAUGAUGAUAAAGAUGACCCGCUCGCAGAUAAUCUCAUCAAGGCGCUGAACGGAGAGGUCACUGGAAGUGGAAACUGGCGGACUGGAAUCCUCAAGAAGAGGCUGUGUCCUGAGAGUGUUUCCCUUGCUGAAGAUGGCUUCAGUCGCUUUGAGGAGAAGCUGAAGUUGCUGUUUGAAGAGUGCACCAGUAAGUUGACUGCAGAGAUGAAGUUGGGCUUUGAGCAGUCUGAUUCAAAGUUCACUAUCCUAACUAGGAAGAAGAACGAGCCUGCUGGUGAUGAGGGAGAUGCUAAAGCCGAGGAGAAGGCUGCCACUCCUAUGAAGGACAAGCCUAAGGAACCAUUUGAGAUGCCUCAACUGAAGGACGAGGUGUCCGGUGAAGAGGAGGAGGAGGCUGCAUCCGAGGAGAAGGUUGUCGAUAACACUGCCGAGAUGGCUGCUCCUAAGAAGAACAAAGCUCGGGUUAGUAGUGAACCCUCUCCCACAUCUUCGUCUAGGAAGAAAAUCAGCCUUCUAAAUCUACUAGGGUCCUUCGAGAUAGGAAGCAAGAUACGAAGCAGAACCCGAAAUAUCAGAGAUAGCACAGUCAAGGGAAUCACUCCUAACAAGCCACGACUUGGAUUUGGGUACGAUCCCAAUGAGCCAGUCGAUAAGGAGAGACUCGCACGACUGAAGAAAGAGUUUAAAGGCAUUAUUGGCCCUAAGAAAUUUGACAUCUUCAAAGAACCUCAACUACACUGGUGGUCGGAAUUGGUCGUGCAGACGCAAUGGCUUGCUGAUACGAACAUGAACGCAAUAUUAGACCUGUUUUGUCAGCGCAUGAAAUUGCACCCAGAGUGGUGGCUCCCGGGAGGUUCGACUGAUUACUUUGAAGGGAAAAAACCACUAUUCUGCCAAACCCUGGAGAAAUGGGAAGUAGAUAUUGAUGAGAUCUACAUGCCAUGGAAUGUCAAAGACAAUCAUUGGAUGGUGUUGAUGAUUUUGUUACCUAAAAGGCAUAUUACUGUGUGGGACAGCAUUCUAAAUUAUCUCCAGGAGAAUGUGUUAUCCGCAUCUCUCAAGCCUGUUGCUGUGAAUGUGCCUUAUCUACAACGGCUCAUGGCUGACACAAAUGAAAGGCAUAGUCUUGGGAGGCUUUUUCCGAAGACGCUACGUGGUAAGAACAUGAGAGCUAUCAGUGCAAAGCUUGGAGCGGACAUACAUCAUGAGAUCAACUGCCGUGGAUCUCCAAAGCAUAAUUGGGAUGACCUGGACAUAUAG